CCCAUUUGACGGGGCCCAAUUUCACGUACCUAAUUUCAAUCCUUUUUCCGCUUUAAAAUUUCACUCCCACUAACAUUUUCCGGGACCGAAUCGAACCUUACGGAUAGCCAAACCCCCCACCCAAAAAAAAAAAAAAAAGAGAGGCUUUUCUCAGUUACUUUCCAUUUGGUGGCGCGUACUUUCCACUAGCCACAAUGGGCCAAUCCCCUUCAGCCACUGUAGACAGGGAAAACUCCCUCAGCGAUCGGUUCAGCAUUUUAUCGUCUUCUGGUUUCAUUUCCAGCGAGGAAUUUCCCGAUGAAAUCGUGGCCAAUCGGGAUUACACCGCUGAGAUUCCCGACGAGUGUUUGGCUUAUGUUUUCCAAUUCCUCGGCCCUGGAGAUCGGAACCAGUGUUCCCUUGUCUGCAAGCGGUGGUUGAGCGUGGACGGUGAGAGCCGCCACCGUUUGUCUCUCAACGCCCAUUCUGAGAUCGUCGCUCUUUUGCCUUCUCUCUUUACGCGCUUCGACUCCGUAACCAAACUCGCCCUACGUUGUAGCCGUAAAUCACUCAGCUUAACCGACGACGCUUUGGUUAUGAUCUCAAUCCGUUGCCGAAACCUCACACGGCUAAAGCUCCGCGGUUGCCGCGAAAUUAGCGACGAAGGAAUGUCGGCAUUUGCUCAGAAUUCUAAGAAUUUAAGGAAACUUUCUUGUGGAUCUUGCAUGUUUGGCGCCAAAGCUUUAAACGCCGUCCUCGAUUAUUGCUGGAAUUUAGAAGAGUUGUCAGUGAAAAGGCUCAGAGGAAUCCACGACGGAGCUGAGCCGAUUGGUCCAGGAGCCGCAGCUUCUUCGCUGAAAAUGAUUUGCUUGAAAGAGCUCGUUAACGGUCAGUCUUUUGAACCGCUUAUGAUUAGAUCAAAAAACCUUAAAACUUUGAAAAUUAUUCAUUGUUUGGGUGAUUGGGAUAGAGUACUUCAAUUAAUUGGAAAUCCAAAUGGAAACGGAAAAGAAAAAUUGAAUUUUAAUAACAAUAAUAAUAAUAGCAAUUGUGGUAGUAAUUCUUUGAUGGAAAUUCACCUUGAGAGGAUUCAGGUAAGUGAUAUAGGGCUAUCUGCGAUUUCCAAAUCUGCCAAAAUUGAGAAUUUGCAUAUUGUGAAAACCCCAGAGUGUUCGAAUUACGGGCUUGUUUGUGUAGCUGAGAAUUGUAAGUUGUUGAGGAAGCUUCAUAUUGACGGAUGGAGGACUAAUAGGAUUGGAGAUGAGGGUUUGGUUGCUGUAGCCAAACACUGUUUUAAUUUGCAGGAACUUGUUUUGAUUGGUGUCAAUGCUACCUAUUUGAGCUUGGCGGCCAUUGCUUCUAAUUGUACGAAACUUGAGAGGUUAGCACUUUGCGGAAGUGGAACGAUUGGUGAUGCAGAGAUUUCAUGCAUUGCAGAAAAAUGUAUGGCGUUGAAGAAACUUUGCAUCAAGGGAUGUCCUAUUUCAAAUAUUUCUAUUGGAGCACUUGGUUGUGGCUGUCCCAGUUUGGUGAAAAUUAAGGUGAGGAAAUGUAGAGGAGUGAGUAGUGAGGCUGGUGAGUGGUUGCGUGAACAAAGGGGAUCAAUGGUGAUCAAUAUGGAUGCUUGUGAGAUAGAUGGUGGUUUCGAGGCUAGUGUCAGCGAUGGUGGAGUUCAUGAAAUUGGUGUGGAGUUUCCGCAGGUGGUUGGCCAAGUAACUGGUGCAGAUACUUCAACAAGCGGCAAUGGUAGGUUAGCAUUGUUGAGGUCUAAGUUGGGGCUUUUUGCGGGUAGGAAUUUGGUGGCAUGCACAUUGAGAAGGUGGUCUAACGCUGAUGACAAUUUCAAUGGCAACUUGUAAAUGAUCUCUGUAAGAGUUGGAAAAAUACUCUUGCUCUGAUCUCAUUGCAACCUUAUGAGUUUGUGAGAUAAAUAAUUUUUUUAAUGCUUAUUUGUACUUCUUGAUUUAGAUUUUUUCAUCGAAAUGUGUAAACAUUGAAAGGAAAAACAAAUGGGAAACAAGUGGCCAAUGAUUUUCUUAUUAUUGCUUAUAGUUGCAUCUCCUUCAUCACCCUCCCCUUUUUUGUUGUAAUUAAUUUGUUGAAUAUUCAU